AUCUGAUUGAGCGCUCACCACAUGGCCGGGAAAAAACAAAUGGCCGGUGGGGGGAAGGAGUCGUGGAGGCUACCUUUGCCGUGCGUUGAGACGUUCUCCAAGCUCUUUUUCACAAAGAAUCCGCCAGGUAAGAUCAGAAAACACAUACGGGAUGCCUCCCUCACUGUGCUUGCACUGGGUGGUGUGGCUGCAGCGGAGGAGCAGAUUAUUCUACUGCCGGAACCUGCUCCCGCCGCCAACACGGCCCAUCCCGCACCACCGCCAUCAUCAUCAGCAGCAGCGCCAGCAUCAGCAGCACCAGCAGCAGCAGCAGCAGGAGCAUCGACCUCCAGCUCAUCGGUGGCCGCAUGUGGCCCUGCGGUGAUCCUACCAGACCGGCAGGCUGACGGUAGGGGGAGUGGGCAGCGUCAGUAUGCACCCCACGGGUUCUUCACCAAUGCGUGGACGAGUCAGCCAGAGCAGCUGACGCUAGAGUUGGUAGAGACCGUUGACAACCAGCCCGUUACGCAGCCGCCGUACACCACCUACACACAUCCACACACGGAGAAGCGCCUCACAUGCUGUCCAUCUGUCUGUGUGCCCACCCACCCCCCCACAGAAUCUAUGCCAUAGACAACUUCCUACGAGAGGAGGUCAGUGCAGUGCAACCUUAUCCCAAACCAGCCAUGGGACCCUCCAGAGAGAGCAGGUCUGCCCUUCUGCUCGUGCGGGUAUGUGUGUGCAGGAGUUGGCGCACUUGGCCUUGUUUAUUGAGUUGAAGGAGCAGCAGUCCGGCGGGUUUAGGAGGAGCCUCACGGAGGACGACAGGGGCGUCCCAGAGGAGAUGCGCGAGCGAAGCUCGUCCAGCGUCAGGAUACCCAAGGCCGCCACCCACCUCGUUAGAAACAUCGAAAGGUGAGGCUGCCAUCAGCCAGUGAGGGGAGGGAGGAGGGGAGGGAAACACGGCACCACCUGGCCUCUCGUGUGUGUGUGUGUGUGUGUGUGCAGACGUGCUGCUGCUUGCUUCGGCCUGCCCGCAAGCCACGUCGAGCCGCUUCAGAUCGUGCGCUACCAACGGGGCGAGGUAACCUAAGAGUGUGGCCACAGUGAUACACGAAUUACAUCGAGGCCGUCCAUCCAUCCAUCCAUCCAUCCAUCAUUGCAGGAGUAUCGUGUCCAUCACGACAUGGUGGAGCUGCACAAGAAGGGCCGCGGGUGGGGUGGCGUGUACCUCGACAGCCCGUCGGACGAGGAAAAGGCCAAGGGGGUCCGCGUGGGGACGAUACUAGUGGUGAGGCAGGAGAGGAACCUUGUGUUGGUGGAUGCAUAGUAUUCAUGGUGUGGUGUGGUGUGUUGUGUGAUGUGCUGCCUGCAGUAUCUGCACAGCCUGGAUAACGGCGUGGGGGGCUGUACGCAUUUCCCCUUGCCCCAAGGCGGACUGGAUUUCACGCCUGUGCGGGGCCUGGCUAUCAUGUGGAGCAACAUCAAGGACGCCGACCUCACACCAGGUGGGCGGGGCGGGGUGGGUGAGUGACGAAGGAAGCAGCAAAGACAGGCAGGCAGCACACACUCGAGUGACACGACAGACAGAGGGAGAUAUCAUUCUCUGUCUGUCGCUUGUUCAGACCUUCGGACGGCGCACGAGGGGAAGAAGAUACUCCGCAGUGGCUGCAAGUACGGACAGACGAAUGGGAUGGGGGCACACAGAACAGACGCACACAAUUAGACGCACCGCACCGCACAGGCAGGCAAGUUGGUUCUCUCGACGUGCGUGUGCGUAUGUGUGUGGCAGUAAGUACGCCCUCAACAUUUGGGUCAGCAACGUCCCCGAUACGAGCAAGCCCAACGCACUACAGAGGAAGGCCACGCAGCUCCACAACCUCCUCGGCAAAGUACCCUACCCCUCCACAGAGUGAGAGAGAGAUGGAAUGGCACCAAUCAAACCGACACGACACGGCAGAAAGUCGGGACACACACGUGCACGUGAUGAUCAUGAUCGCUUCCCUCCCUCCCUCAGGCCUCUGCAUCUUGCGAAGGCCCACACUCUGCCCCCCCUGCGCAGAGACGCGAAGGGCACGCCACUGGAGGACCCCUGUCCUGGCAACGAGCCCAUAUGUGUGCUGUGCGGUCGGGGCGACGAGUGGGACGUCAACCAGCCCGGCAUCCUCCUCGCCAACACGGAUGCAUCGGAUGGGGCGGCGAGGGCUGUCGAGCCAUCGAGGGCGCGAGAGCCGCACGAGAACAGGCUGAUCAUCUGCUGUAGCGCCAUGUGUCGGCGGGCCGUGCACGACUUUCCGUGUCUGGCCAACUAUCGGAAGCGGAUUGCGGCCUCGGCCAGCAGUAGCAGCGCCAGUCGAUCGCACACCGCCCAGGGUAGGAACAAAAGGCAGACAGCGGCACAAGACGAAGCAUUCGGUCCCUCCCUCUGAUCUGUCUGUCUGUCUGUUUCUGGGUUGGGUUUGUUUGUUUCUGCAGCCCCAUGGCUCUGUUUCGAGUGUGAGGACGACGCGGAUCGUCGUGUGCCCAGUGACGACCACGGCGAUGCCCCCGGGCAGCAGCCGCGGCAACGGCGGAUGAAGAGGACCCGGGACUCGCCCAGCGAUGAGCCGGCGCGAAACCUCACCCGGCGUCAGCAGAGACUCGCCGAAAGGCCGAGGAUGGAGGAGCUGGGACCCAUCAUGCCGCCGUCGCCCCUACGUGCGCCAACGCAGGCCGGCACCCCUCCAGUAACCCCAGAGCACAGCCCUCGGCAAGGUGGAGAGCCACCGGCAGCAGCAGCAGCAGCAGCUGGUAGUGGGGGGGGUGGGGAUAGGUGGCGACUGGUGCCCAAGAAACCGACGAGGGCAGACCUGCGUCGGUUGUUCCCGUCUGUGUUUGAGCCAGGGGUGGACGUGGGCACCCAGGCUGACCUGGGCAGCGAUGGCGACUUCCGCAGCUGCCGUGAGGACCAGUCAGUCGCCGACGAGGGUCAGCAUAUUGAGACCGACCUGACGGAGAUGAAGGACGCGUAGAUCCAUGGCAUGUAUAUAGGACACGGCAACUACAUAUUCGUGUAGCUUCGUGUCCGGGCAAGUCUUGUGGGUGCUGCCUGCAAUGGUGGUCACCCCGUGUGUGUGCGUGCGCUUUGGACAGUCAGUAUAUGAUGGGAUGUACAUUAAUUAGAGGCUGAGAGACUCAUGUCAUGUGAGCGCUGGUUGACUGGUUG